AUGUCUGGACCACGUCAUGUUGAGUUCGCUGAGCCGAUGGCCGUGGACGAGGAAGAAAAUGACCCCACCCCACCAGCGAAAAAGCGCAGGACCGACGACGAUCCCGGCCACGACGUGUCCGGAAAUGCGAACGGACAGCAGGCCCCGACUGAAUCGUCAGGACAGAAUCCGCCUGACAUCGACGAGAGUCUCUACUCUAGGCAACUCUACGUGCUCGGGCGGGACGCCAUGUUGCGUAUGGCGCAGUCGGAUGUGCUGGUGUGCGGAAUGGGAGCACUGGGCGUGGAGAUUGCGAAGAACAUCAUUCUGGGUGGCGUCAAGUCGGUCACCGUCCAUGACCGGGCCGUGUGCACGAGGCUCGACCUGUCGUCGCAAUACUACCUUAGCGAGGAAAGCCUGGGCGAGAACAGAGCGGCAGCUUCAGAGGCAUCACUGGCGCGACUGAACCAGUACGUGCGUGUGGAGGCCCAUACGGAGCCCCUGAGCAAAGAGUUCCUGAAGCAGUUCAGUGCGGUGGUGUUGACGGAGACUCCGCUAGACGAGCAAGAGGAGAUCGCCGCCUUUGCCCACGAGAACAACAUUUCGCUGAUCGUGGCCGAUACUCGGGGUCUGGCUGGGCAGAUAUUCUGCGACUUCGGUGAAAAAUUCCGAGUACUCGACCCAAACGGAGAGGAGCCGCUGUCAGUUUUAAUCGCCUCUAUCACUAAGGACACGGAAGGCGUAGUGACCUGCUUGGAAGCAUUGAGGCACGGUUUCGAGGACGGUGACUACGUCGCAUUUUCCGAAGUCAAGGGCAUGACCGAGAUCAACAACUGCCCGCCGAUGAAAGUCAAGGUGCUCGGACCAGACACAUUCUCCGUCGGCGAUACAACGCAGUUUGGUGAUUACGUCAUAGGCGGCGUCGCAACGCAAGUAAAAAUGCCGAAGGACAUCAAGUUCAAAGCGUUCCAGGAGUCAAUGGCCAAACCCGACUUCGUUGUGUCAGACUUUGCGAAGAUGAGUCGUCCUCCGCAACUUCACCUCGGUUUCCAGGCUCUCCAGGAAUUCCAGCACGUGCACUCGCGCCUUCCUCGGCCUUGGAAUAAGGAAGAUGCAGAAGAGGUUGUCCGCCGGGCCAAACAAAAGAACACUAAUCUAGCCACACCACUUAACAAUGUGGACGAGAAGGUGAUCACGACGCUCUCGUACGUGUCGGCCGGCUCGCUGUGUCCCAUGCAAGCAGUGAUUGGGAGCAUCGCAGCGCAGGAAGUGAUGAAGGCAUGCAGCGGAAAGUUCGGGCCGAUCCAACAGUGGUUCUACUUUGACGCUUUCGAGUGCCUCCCGCAGGAUGCAGACGUGUCGGAAACGAGCGCCAACGCAAUGGAGCACACUCGUUACGCUGGGCAGGCCCGGGUUUUCGGGUCUGACGUGCAAGACCUGCUGAUGGCUCAGAACUACUUUGUGGUAGGCGCUGGAGCCAUCGGCUGCGAGCUUCUCAAGAACUUCGCCAUGAUGGGCCUUGGCGCAAACGACGGCCUCAUUCACGUGACCGACAUGGAUGUCAUCGAGCGGUCCAACCUCAACAGGCAGUUCCUGUUUCGACCCGAUGACGUUGGUCAAAUGAAGUCCACGACGGCCGCCAGAGCUGUGCUUGAAAUGAACCCCGAGCUGAACAUCGCCGUACACGAAAACAGAGUGGGUCCAGAGACAGAGAACGUCUACAAUGACGACUUCUUCGAAUCUCUGGACGGCGUGGCCAAUGCGCUGGACAACGUGAACGCACGCCAGUACACGGACAAACGCUGCGUGUACUACCGGAAGCCCCUGCUCGAGUCUGGCACUAUGGGAACCAAGGGCAACGUGCAGGUCGUGAAGCCCGACAUGACCGAGUCCUACUCGUCGUCCCACGACCCGCCCGAAAAGUCGAUACCGGUCUGCACCAUCAAGCAUUUUCCCAACAACAUCGAGCACACCCUGCAGUGGGCACGAGAUGAAUUCGAGGGUCUGUUCAAGCAGGCGGCCGCAAACGCCGUCCAGUACUUAAAUGACCCCGAGUUUCUUCCGAAAAUGACGCGAAGUCUACCACUCAGCCAGCAGGUGGUGACGCUGGAGGAAGUAAAGAAAAUUCUGCUCGAUCAGCGAGCGACAGUCUUCGACGACUGCGUUGUCUUCGCUCGGCUACGGUUCCAGGAUCAGUACGACAACCAGAUACGAUUGCUGCUUCGCAACUAUCCAGAGAAUCACACCACGAGCUCCGGUGCUCCCUUCUGGUCUGGCUUCAAACGGUGCCCUCACCCCAUUGAGUUCAACCCCAACAACGCCUUGCACAUGGAUUACAUCGUGGCUGCAGCGAACCUGCGAGCAACGAUGUUUGGCAUUCCGCGAAUUACGGACCGUGAGGCGAUCGCUGAAAUGCUCAAAGUAGUUGAAGUUCCAGCAUUCGAUCCACUACCAAACGCGAACGUCGCCGCGGGCAACACCACCGUUGCAGUGGCACAGAGCGACUCGGAUCGCGUAAACCAGCUGCUCGAGGAACUGCCGGACCAGAGUGAGCUCGGAGACGUGGAACUUACGACGCUGGAGUUUGAGAAGGACGACGACACAAACUUCCACGUGGACUUCAUCGUGGCGGCCUCCAACCUGCGUGCCGCCAACUACAACAUCCAGCCGGCCGACCGACUCAAGAGCAAGCUCAUCGCGGGCAAGAUCAUACCGGCCAUUGCCACCACCACAUCGCUCGUGGCGGGCCUCGCCUGUCUCGAGCUGUACAAGCUGGCUCAGGGUCACAAAAAGUUGGAGCUGUACAAGAAUGGUUUCGUCAACCUGGCGCUGCCUUUCUUCGGCUUUUCCGAACCCAUUCCUCCUGCCAAGAAAAAUUUUCACGGCCAGGAGUACACCUUGUGGACAGCCAUUGACAUUCAAGGCGAGAUCACCCUCGAGAAAUUCAUCGAACGUUUCAAAGAAGACUUCGAAGUUGAUAUCAUCAUACUGUCUGAGGGUCCACGAAUGUUGUACGCCAACUUCCAGCCUCCGUCCACGAGACGUCUCAAGAUGACCAUGAGCGAAGUGUUGGAGGACGUGUCUAAACAGAAGAUCGACCCUGGCAAGCGCUCCUUAGAGUUUGCGAUGAUCUGCACCGACUUUGACGGCAAUGAAGUCGAAGCGCCACGAAUACGCUACCAUCGGCCAGCUCGAGACGACCUCGGGUAUUUUUCCUGAACGGCUCAACAUAAACUGCCGACGCCAUUCUUGCCGCGCCACCAAGAGGCUUGUGAUGCCUGGAGCCCGUUUUGAUGCCAAGAAUCAAUCCACGAGCCUUUCAUCUCAUUCACAUUGCCUCAAAUGGAAGAGUUUCCGCUUGGGCCCCGCGCUUCCACGUUUAAAUUAACGACAAAUUAUACCGACAAAACUCGUAGAGAUGGCUUGCUUUUUCGAAUGUUUACUUAUAUAUUACGCGCGUAUACUCGGUCAUUUUUAUUCUGCUGCAUGCGCUUGGCACUGCUAAAACAUAAGCAUGAUAUUUACAGCGCUAUUAUAAGGCGUGAUAGCACACCGCACAAAUUGAGCAUUUGCAUUACAGCGGGUGAAUUCACCGCCUGUAUGUUUUUUAUCACGUUAUAUGUCACACAUGUCACUCAGAUGUCGCAGAAGUACUUCUUAACUGCGCGACACAUACCAGGAGACUUGUGAACCCUGUAGGAUUGAGAUGUAUUGUUGGAGCUCUCGGCCUGUACUACCCAUACCGAUGUUCUGUACUAACGCUAUAGUGAUGUGCUGGUUCAACGCCUCUGUUCUCUAAGUAAUCGCGCUGGGAAGGAAUGAUCGCUACCUAAAUGUUCCUCCGUUAAAGAGAAGUCAUUUCUGGAAGCGGUUAGCUAUAUUGACAAUCAUUGUGCACGAAUGCUGUAGAACAGUUUUCCAAUCUUCAUAGUUUUUUUCCCCCCUCAUUAUUAUGUCGCAGUAUUUGCGUUUUUAUGUUCACCUGACCUUCAUUAUACCACAUGACUGCAUCAGUUAUCGAACUGUUGAGCGAACAGCAUUAGAAAAGAAAGAGAAGUCUACCAUAAUAAUAAUAAUUGUUGGGGUUUUACGUCCCAAAACUACAUGAUUAUGGGGGGCGCCGUAGAGGUCUCCAUAAAUUUUUACCAUCGGUGUUCUUUACGUGUACUGACAUCGCACAGUACACGGGCCUCUAGCAUUUCGCCUCCAUCGAAAUGCGACCGCCGCGGUGGGGAUCGAACCCUCGACCUUCGGGUCAGCAGCCGAGCACUGUAACUUACACCACCUCGAUGGACGAAGUCUACCAUGCCACAUGUUACGUCAAAAAGCUAAUGUUGGCAACGUCGUGAGGAAAAUGGAAUAAAAGCUUUA